AAAGUAAAAACGUACUUCGUCGUACGAGUUACGAAAUAUUCGAAUAUUAUAGUUAAAUAGUGUGUUUUGAGUACAUGAUAUUGUACCAAUGUUUACAGUAACUAUUUAUUCCGUGGGAAUAAGUUUACAUAUUGUACCUGUUCUUUUAGAUAAAAUAAGAUAACGCAGUGACUUAUACGUAACGUUACAUUUUGGCGGCAUUGCACGAACGAAGUCACAGAAAUAGAUUUCCUUGUGCAAUAUUCGACGUGUGCUGAAUUCCAUGAGACAAUUUUCAAAUUGAACCUGUUUAUUAAAUGGGUCAGGGUCCGUAGCAUGCAUGUGAAAGAUGGUGUCAGAAAAGUGUAACAAAAACCAAAAAUUCUAAUAGAACGAUGGAGAACCCAACUGUGGCGGGUUUGAGGUCAAGGUCUCGUUCCAAGACACCUUUUUUGCGGUCGAGCUGUGACCGGGAACAAUGUAUGGGAGGAGAAGAUCACACACAUCACAAAAGCGGCAGAAAAACACCUGUGAAGAGAAGCACACCAAUCAAACAAUUUGCGAAAUCAUCAAAUAAGGAUGGUGUGGAAGUAAUAGAGGAGGACCAAGAGAAUGAGAGUGUACAGGCGCACCGCACACGGCAGUCAUCUCGGCUAGCCGAGAAGCUGAUUAAAACCUCGGACUACUCGUCUGAAGAGAGCCUAGACCGAUUGAAAGGACAUCGGAAGGAAAUCGUACAGAACGAGAUCAACAGUCAAUAUGAGCGUGUGUCUACCAGCUCAAAGCGUUACGGUAACUUCGAGGACCUGCCCUACAGCCCUAUACACGCCUCGCAAAAUGUGACGCAAGACAGGUCAACAAGGUACAGUAGCCCGGCGUACAGCGCGUGUUCGACAGACAGCUCGUUCGCCGAGCAGGCGCUCGCUGACGCCAGCGUUCUGUUAGAGCGCGAACCCAGCUUCGACCACCUGCCCUCCAGACUGUACAAGAUGGCCGGCGAGUACUGGAACAAGUACCCGAAAACGGACUACACGUACUCCCCGCUGUCUCGGGACCGCGUGGAGCUGGCUCCGGGGCAGGUGGCCAUGCCCAACAUGUCUCGGAAGUCCCUCGCGCAGUUCCGCAUGGAGUCCCCGCCCGGGGAGGGCAGCGACGUGCCCGACCGCAUGCCCUCCAUCGCCUCCUGGACUGCCACCGCCACGCGCAAGAGAUUUACGAGUAUCGAAAGUUCAGACGACGAGGGUGCGUAUAUGCAGAAGAGCGCGCACCCUGAGGAGCGCUGGUGGUUCUCUCGGCUGCUGGUGCUGAUGAUGAGCAGCUUCUCCAGCGUCACCAGUGCCGCGCGGAACACGUACAGGAAGAUAUUCGGACCCCCCCAUAGAUACCCUUACACUGAUAGAAGACCCGCUAAAGCAAGUAUCAUGUCAAGAACCGGUUCAGCGCUGAUCACACCAUUCUAUUGGGUGUACUUGAUGGUGAAAACUGUCGUCACCACCACCGUCACCACCAUCACUGAAACUAUAACGACCAAACAUGAGGAUAAAAACGGAAAAUACGUAGCGCGUAGUUACCAGCCGAGUGCGGGAAGACGCCGCGCCUGGCCCUGGCUGCUGCUGCUGCCAUUUCUAGGAUACGGAUUGAACUACACAUACAACAACUACGAGCAUCUGGCAAUGCCAAACUUUACAGAUUUUCAUUUAGAUUUAUCGGAAUUUUGCACUAUGGAGAUACCAAAAAUAUCUUUGCCGAAUGUUUCGCUGUCGGAUUUGUACAAUUUGCCGCGAAUUAAUCUGACUUUGCCGGAUAUAAAUAUAACUUUGCCUGAAAUGCCAAAUGUCGGUGAGAAUUUGCCGCGUGUUUCGAAAGCGUACAGAGAAUACAAGGAUAUUGUUCAUAACAGAAUGGCAGACGCCACAGAUUAUAUAUCGGUUGUGGCGGGAAGUUGUUAUGAAGAAAUACGACGAUUUUGGUCUGGAUUCUGGGUAUCAGCAGGUGGUCAAGUGGUAUCAACGAAGUGCACAGAGUUAUACCAGAUCAAGACGAAGCAGUACUCUGUGCUGGGCCUGCCGGUGUGGUGGGUGUACACGUCUCCUCGUCACGCCCUCACUCCAGGUGCCAUGCCGGCCGAGUGCUGGGCCUUCCAGGGCUUCCCAGGAUACCUAGUGAUCCGUACAUACGCGGUGAUAGAAGUGACGGGCUUCUCUUUAGAGCACAUGUCGAGAUUGCUCGCUGUCGACGGCAAGAUUGAAUCCGCGCCUAAAAACUUCUCCGUAUACUAUCGCUUCCGAGUACACGGCAACGCUUUAACUGAUAUACGACAAGCGACAGAUGAUAGCAUACAUGACAGCGAAACGUAACACUACGCAAAAUCUCCGUUUUUAGUAGUGCUAUCCCUGUCAUCCUCUUAGCGAAGAACAGAGAUAGCUAUAGUGUACAGUCAGCUGCAUAAAUCUGAAUACAUUUACAACAAUAUUCAAACUGGUUUGGUUUUAAAAAAAUAUGCACGUAUUUAUUAAUAGCAUAUCAUUGAUUAAAUAGAAAGAUGUUUUUGUUUUUUUUUUUUUUUUUUUCGGAAAAUCAGAUUAUUACUCAAUAGGGCCUACUGUUAACAAUAUUUUUAUACUUUUUCACCCGCGACGCGUCCGCGCGGAUUUAAAAAAAAAACAAAUGCAAGUAGCC